UGGUAUGAGUCCAUCAAACACUUCCUCCUCUGUGCUCGCCUGCUUUUACAAAACAGUGUUUGUACGACAGACUGAGGCUUUUUAAAACAGCUUUUUAACAUUAGAACUGCAGGAGUCAGAGCCUGUGAUGGCAGAAGCACAGGGACGAGCCAAAGACCUGACGGAGACAGAUACGCCAUUGGAUCCAGAUGAAAUUCCUCGCUGUUCCAGUUUGACCACAAAGGAGCUGCAGCAGAACUGGAAGGCAGAGAAGCAGGGAGACCGACCUGUGAGGCUGCUCUUUGAGAUUCCAUCAUUUCGGAUCAUUCAUCACGCCCUGUCCAAAUACGUGGCGUAUGACGUUGUGGUGAUGCGCUCCGGCAGCUUCGACUCCCAUCGUGUGUCUGUGGAGCGUCGCUACAGUGACUUUUCUCGCUUACACCAUAAACUUCUAGAGGAGUUUGAUGACGAACUGGAAGAGGUGGUGCUCCCCCGAAAACUCUUGUCUGGGAAUUUCAACCCUGAAAACAUUGCAGAGCGUCAGUUAGCCCUGCAAGACUACCUGGCCAAACUAUACGCAACCCGCUGUGUGCGCUAUUCGGCCCUUUUCUCCAGUUUCUUCACUGAGCAGGAGCAGAAGAAGGCGCAUGGACUGUUACGAGCAGGACAGUUUAAGUCUGCUCUGGAGCAGCUGCAGACUAUUCUGGAGAUCCAGGAGAAGCUGGCCCCGUGGCAAAGCUCCACUCUGACUGUGCACACACUCUGUGCCAUCGCUGUUUGCUACCGGGACCUGGACAAACCAGAACAAGCAUUUGCUGCAGCUCAGAAGGCUUUGCCUCCUGUGAGAAGAUAUGGACUGGCAAAUUAUAGGGCUCCGCUGCUGGAGCUGCUGGUGGACUUGGGCUAUCAACUGGGCCGCCCUGUGGCUCAGCUACAGGAGGAGCUGAUGGAGCUGAGGGAUGCCGAGAGGGGAAUGGUGUCCCCCCGGUCUCUGAAGGAGGUGGUGGUCCAAGAGUUCAUCUAAAAACACUAUUGCACAUGGUUAUGAUUAGGGAUGCACUGAUACCACUUUUUUCCAGACCGAGUACAAAUACGAGUACUUACAUUUGAGUACUUGCCGAUACCAAGUACCGAUACGAAUACUUAAUAAUCCCAUUCCAGUUGU